GCUCAGCAAGGGGUUCGUCCUUCUCUGUCACUGUCUCUUUUGCCUGUUGUUAUUCCGUCUGUCUCUCUAUGACUCUGCCUGUCUCACUCUUUCUGUUUCUGCCUCUCUUCACUGUUGUUCUUUCUGCCUGACUCACAGUCCCUUGGUCCUUCUGUCUUUUGCAUUUGUCUUUGUUGUGCUUUCUUUUUGCCUUGACACCAUCCGUUCUCCCCGUGCCUUCUCCACUUCUGGGAGGCUGAAUCGCUCAGGCACGGAAAUAGAAGCUAAGGGCUUCUCCUGGCUUCCUCUUCAUCUUAUUGAGGCUGCGGGUGAGGAGGGCCGCGGGUCCAGCAGCCACAGGUGGCCUACAGCCAAAGGAGGGCGGAGACCACAGGGCGGGAUUGGCCCUAGGUCCACCUCAUAAAGGCUAGGGCGAGGGGCUCGAGGCUUCUGCAGAAGCCCUGGAGGGGCUGUCUGAUCCGAGAGACCCCACAGGCUUAGUCGGGGCUCUGCAGUGUCAUGCCCCGGAGCCUCCAGACCGUGUUGAGCUGGGCGCUGUUGCUGCGGCUGCUGGCACUGCUGCGGCCCCCGGCGCUGGGCGAGGCGUGCAGCUGCGCCCCCGCGCACCCCCAACAGCACUUCUGCCACUCUGCACUCGCGAUCCGGGCAAAAAUCUCCAGUGAGAAGGUAGUUCCAGCCAGCGCAGACCCAGCUGACACUCAAAAAAUGAUCCGGUAUGAAAUCAAACAGAUAAAGAUGUUUAAAGGGUUUGAGAAAGUCAAAGAUAUUCAGUAUAUCUAUACACCUUUUGAUUCUUCCCUCUGUGGUGUGAAACUAGAAGCUAACAGCCAGAAACAGUAUUUCUUGACUGGUCAGGUCCUCAAUGAUGGAAAAGUCUUCAUCCAUCUGUGCAACUACAUUGAGCCCUGGGAGAACCUGUCCUUUUUGCAGAGAGAAAGUCUGAAUCACCACUACCAUCUGAACUGUGGCUGCCAAAUUACCACCUGCUAUACAGUGCCCUGUACCAUCUCGGUCCCCAACGAGUGCCUCUGGACAGACUGGCUGUUGGAACGGAAACUCUAUGGCUACCAGGCCCAGCAUUAUGUCUGCAUGAAGCAUGCUGAUGGCACCUGCAGCUGGUACCAGGGACACCUGCCCCUCAGGAAGGAGUUUGUUGACAUCAUCCAGCCCUAGUAGGGAACAUGACCACCACAUUCCUUCAGGAGUCAUGAAGACCAGGCCAGUUCUCCUUCCCUGCAGAGGUCUGGCUAUCACCACCUGCCUCAUUGCUGUCAGACGACAGGAAGUACCAAGGGGACAGUCUGUCUAGCAUUAGAGCAG